AGCUCCUGUAUUUCAGCAUAGGCAAGCCACUGCUUCUUGCCUUCUUCCAUCUCGGAAAUUUCGUCCCUGCGCCUGCGCGAGAAAGCUUGGUACUUUUUCCAGGGAGGAGGAGGAGCUGCAGGAGAGGAUCCCAAGAGAAACAUUGGAAGAGAAAAAAGAAGCGCUUCUUUUGCGGUUCUGGCAGAAGAAGCAGGGAAGGGGAUGGUGAAGAGGCGGCUGUUCUUGCUGCUGUUCUUGUGCUUGUUGGCUGGGUCAAGAAUCGCUUCCGCUGACACCAAUCCGCAAGAUGCGGCUGCGCUAAGAUCUUUGAUGAAGAAAUGGACAAAAAAUGUGCCUGCUAGCUGGAGGAAGUCCAAUGAUCCUUGUGCGAGAUGGGAUGGAAUUACAUGUGAUAGGAACUCAAGGGUUACAUCACUAAAUUUAUUCGGUAUGAACUUGGAAGGGACUCUAAGUGAUGAUAUCGGAAACCUGACUGAACUGACGGUCUUGGAUUUAUCCUCAAACAGAGGUGUUGGUGGUACUCUCACACCGGCUAUUGGGAAGUUGGCUAACCUUAGAAUUUUAGCAUUGAUAGGUUGCAGUUUCAGUGGUAAUGUUCCAAGUGAACUAGGGAACCUGUCACAACUCGAUUUCCUCGGCCUGAACUCCAACCAAUUCACGGGCAAGAUUCCGCCAUCAUUGGGCAAGCUGUCCAAGGUUACUUGGCUAGACCUUGCUGAUAACCAGUUGACCGGACCAAUCCCAAACUCCAGGGACCAUGGAUCUGGGUUUGAUCAGCUACUUAAGGCCCAACACUUCCAUCUCAACAAAAAUAAGCUGCAAGGUUCGGUCCCGGAUUUUUUGUUCAACUCCAGCAUGGAUCUCAAGCAUAUACUUUUUGACAGGAACAACUUUAAUGGAUCUAUUCCAGCGUCUAUUGGGGUACUUCCAAAACUUGAAGUACUCCGUUUAAAUGACAAUGCUUUCACGGGUCCGGUUCCUGCAAUGAAUAACCUGACGAAGCUCCAUGUUCUAAUGCUGUCAAACAACAAGUUAAGUGGACUGAUGCCUAACUUGACUGGAAUGGAUAUGCUCGAAAAUGUGGAUCUAAGCAACAACAGCUUUAUACCUUCUGAAGUUCCAAGUUGGUUCACAAGUUUAAUCAAAUUAAUGACCCUCAAAAUGCAGUCAGUAGGUCUUUCUGGGCAACUGCCGCAGAAGCUUUUCAGCAACCCCAACCUGCAAUAUGUAGUAUUGAGUGACAAUCAAUUGAAUGGUGUACUUGACAUGGGCAAUAUCAGCGAUGAACUUCAUGUCGAUGUACGGAACAACAAAAUUAUCUCACUUGCAGUGUACAACAGCUUCACAGGAGAAACCCUUGAGCUUGCAGGAAACCCAGUCUGUGGUGAUUCACUUCUGUCAAGCAUGAAGCCAUGCACAGACCUGACAACUGAACCUCUACACAAGCCUCCUUCCAUUGAUGUCCAGUGUGCAAAUCCAUUUGUCGAAACCAUCGUUUUUAGAGCUCCUUCUUUUGGAGAUGUUGUUAAGUUCCUUCCUUCGCUGCAAGCCAACCUCUCAAGCAAACUAAACAGCUGCACCCCGAACAACCUAGGCCUGGUGUACUCGAAUGAUGAUGCAUACCUGAACGUGGAUAUUAGAGCAUGCCCAGUAAACCAGAAGAGAUUUAACUACUCCCAGGUGCUAAACUGCUUCAAUCUAACCCUUCAGACUUACAAGCCACCAGAGAUCUUUGGACCUUACUACGUGAAGGCACACCCUUAUCCAUUCCAUGAUAAAACUUCUCGAGCUGUGUUGAUUGGUGUUGUGACUGGAUCCCUUCUCCUCGUUAUUGGGCUCACACUUGUUGGAGUUUACGCUGUGCGGCAAAAGAAGCGGGCUCAGAAACUUGUUUCUAUCAAUGAUCCUUUUGCAUCAUGGGGAUCAAUGGGACAAGAUAUUGGUGAAGCACCGAAAAUCAAGAGUGCUAGAUGCUUCACACUGGAAGAUCUCAAGUUGAGCACAAAUGAUUUCCGAGAGAUUAACGCAAUUGGGGCAGGAGGAUAUGGAACGGUGUACCGAGGAAAGCUUCCUGAUGGACAACUGAUAGCCAUCAAGAGGUCUAAGCAAGGGUCCAUGCAGGGUGGGCUUGAGUUCAAGACAGAAAUCGAGCUCCUUUCUAGAGUCCAUCACAAGAACUUGGUUGGUCUUGUUGGUUUCUGCUUUGAGAAGGGAGAAAGGAUGCUUGUUUACGAGUUCAUACCGAAUGGAACGCUAAGUGAGGCCUUGUAUGGUAUAAAAGGAGUACAAUUGGACUGGAGUAGGAGACUUAAGAUAGCUCUGGAUUCAGCUAGAGGGCUAGCGUACCUCCAUGACCAUGCCGAUCCUCCAAUCAUUCACAGAGAUGUGAAGUCCACCAACAUCCUCUUGGAUGAGAGGAUGACCGCGAAGGUCGCAGAUUUCGGUCUCUCCUUGUUGGUAUCAGACAGUGAGGAAGGCCAGUUCUGCACCAACGUCAAGGGAACACUGGGAUACCUGGACCCGGAGUACUACAUGACACAGCAGCUCACAGCGAAGAGCGAUGUGUACAGCUUCGGGGUGGUUCUUCUAGAGCUCAUAGUGGCGCAGCCACCCAUACACAAGCAGAAGUACAUCGUCCGGGAGGUGAAGACGGCACUGGACAUGGGAGACCAAACGUACUGUGGCCUGAAGGAUGUGAUGGACCCGGUUCUUCAGAAAACAGGGGAUCUCCGUGGUUUCGCAAGGUUCCUGAAGCUGGCAUUGCAGUGUGUCGAAGAUCUAGGAACCGACCGGCCAUCGAUGAACACCAUAGUGAGGGAGAUCGAGGUGAUAAUGCAGGACAACGGGAUCAGAACCGGCAUGUCAUCGACGAGCUCUUCGUUCAGCAUCGACUCGAGAACGAUGAUGGCCGCGCCAAAGUACCCAUACUCCAACGCAUCGACAUCGUCGACGGCGUUUGAUAUGGAUAGCAGGGCCUUUGAGUACAGUGGGAAGUUCCCUUCUGAAGGCAGCCUGAAGAACAGGGGCACGUAGGAGGGUAUGGUCAGUCAGGUCAGAGGUGUACAGCGGAUGAAAGGCCUGUUCAGAAUAGCAGAUUUUACGAAGUGUGAAAAGAGGAUGGGGCUGCAUAUUUAUAGGAUAUUUAAGGAUCAAACUACACUGUACAGAGGUCAUGAACUUUACAAUUCUUUUGUCUUGUGAGAAAAGAAAGAGCAAUUCUUUUUCUUCGAAAUAGCGUAUAAAAGUUAACCAUGUAAUUAUGUAACUUACCUUUGCUCAAUGAUAAAAUCAUCAGAGUUGUUUGUAUAUUAA